CGAUACAAAGCCCAUCAAGACGACUGUUGUGGUGAAUUUGGGCUAUGCAGAUAACAUUGAAAUUGAAUUUUUCCACCCCUCUCUCUUUCCUGUUGGGACCUCAAGGGCCUCCCGGAGGUCCCGGCACCGCCCGCUCAGCGCUCUGUCAUGCUUGGACGCCACAGCUGCAUAUCUGCGGCUGCAGCUGACCUCCUGCAGUCGUAUCUGCUUCCUGUGACGGCGGCGGCCUUUAAAAGCGCCUCCUCUGCUCCUCCGCUCCUCUUCUCAAACGUCUGUGGGGGUCAGCAUGCUGCUCCUUGGGCUCCUCCUGCCCCAUGUUGCCGUGGUUACAGCCAUGGCGGGCUGCCGCUCCGACAGGGACAAGGACCACCGGCUGAGGCAGAACUGCACGGCGGCGGGCUUCAGCGACCUCCCCCCGGGGGUGGACCCCGAGACGCAGGUUCUGCUGUUUCCAGCCAACCAGUUCUCCGCCCUGUCCUGGACCUCCUUCCGGAUCUUCUCAAACAUCUAUGAGAUCGACCUCACGGACAACAAGGUUCCAGGGGUGACCCGCACCACCGCCGAGGUUUUGCCCACCCUGGGCGUUCUCCGUCUGGGGUCCAACCGCCUGACGGCGCUCCCGGACGGCUCCUUCACGGCCUGCCCCGCCCUGAUGGAGCUCUACCUGGAGAACAACUCCAUCGCCUCGCUGAGCGACGGCAGCUUCUCCGGCCUGAACAAGCUGGAGAUCCUGGAUCUGACGUCCAAUCAGAUUUCAGUUCUUCCUGCCCUCAUGAUGCGCCCCCUCGUUGCCAUAGAAACACUUUACCUGGAGGUCAACCAGAUCCAGGUGGUGCCUGAUGAUUGGUUCAGCCCGACAGAGGAGGUGCUAUACCUCUACCUGUCAGCCAAUCCGUGGCUGUGCUCCUGUUCCCUUGGUUACCUGCGCAGGUACAUGAACAAGUACAAGCAUAACUUCCACGUCCGGGACGGCCGGGACAUCAAGAGCACCCCCGACAGCGUGGUGUGUCACUCUCCUGAGCGGCACAGAUUUCAACCGCUCAUAUCAAUAGAAGAAUCGGACCUGUGUCCAGCAGAACCUGUUCCCCGUGGGGACUUCCUCCUAGUUGCUACAGAAGGACGUCCCCCACUCACAACACCUCCUCCUCAGGAGGUGGUGGUGGAGGAGGUGGAGCUGGUGACGUGGAUCUGGUUCACCCGUUUCCAUGUCUGGUCUCACUUUUCUGAGUCAGACAGAACCGGGGAGGUUCUACAGGUCCAGCCGGGGGGAACUGUGACCUCCCCUGAGGUUCAAACCUGGAGCAGGAACCCCACGACCCCCACCUCCACAACCCCCACCUUCACAACCCCCACCUCCACAACCCCCACCUCCAGGAGCCCCACCUCCACAGCCCCCACCUCCAGGAGCCCCACCUCCACAACCCCCACCUUCACAGCCCCCACCUUCAGGAGCCCCACCACAAGAACCUCGACCGUACCAGCCCCUCCCUUCAGGACCACAGCUGCAGCCGUGGGCGGCGCCACCCCCAGCGCAGGGCGGCAGGGGGGGGUGUCCGUGCGGUGGGCGUCUGCAGCGGCUGCAGGCGUCUUCUGCGUCUGGCUGUUCGCCGGCUGCCUGCUGUUGUGCACGGUAUCAGCGGCGUGCACGCUCCUGACUGUGGUGAAGAUGGUCAUGUGGUACAGGGGGGUAUACAAGCCUCUCGCCGCUGCACGGAGGGGGGGCCACGAGGAGAAGGUUCUCCUGAGGCAAAUAGGGACGGAGGGGGGUGCGGGGGGGGUGAGGGCGCUGUACCGCUCUGUUCUGUUCAUCCACAGAGACGCUCCUGAGGGCGGGGCCUCAUGUGAUCAGAUGGAGGGAGGAGCCAUAGGGGGGGUCGGAGGGGAGGAGGCGGGGGUGUACAGGAAGACCUUGUUCAGGCUGCUGAGCAAGGAGGAGGAGGUGCAAGGAUGGAGGGAGGUGAUGGAGGAAUGCAGGAUGGCCCCCCAGGAGGGAGGGGGGAGGGUCAGGGAGCCAAGAGAAGGGGGAGGAGCCUCUAGGAAACGCUACAGCGUUAUUCUGAGGGAGGAGAGGGAGGGGUGCGGAGGGGGGAGGGAGGAGCUGGACUGGGUGGUGGGGGGCUGGGAGGUGAACAGAGGGAGGGCUGAAGAAGGGGAGGGGCUUCGGAGCAGCUGGGGGGAUUGGCUAGCAAACUAUUUACCCAGCAUGCCUUGGGGGGUAACCACGCCCCCCCAGACAAAGUGAUGUAAUCAGUGGGAGGAGCCUGAUUAAAAUAAAAUGUUUGUGGUUCAUCA